GUGUUAUUAAGCCACAUUACAGAUGAGGAAAUUGAGGUUAAUAGAGUUUCAAGAGCUUGCCCAAGGUCAGGCAGCUAAUAAAUAGCAGAGGCAGCACCUGAACCAAGGUCUUCGGGUUCCCAGUUACAUACUUUUUCUGUUGCCCACACCUCCCCCUUGUCAAAGGAAACCUGUCAGUGGUGACAUUAUGAAUUUUUUUGCUACCAGUUCUGCCUCUGGGGGAGUAGAGCCAGGGGGCUUAAGAUGUCGUAUCUUUUACUCAGUGCUAUGUGCCUGUCUGUCAUUUCGUUGGGAUUUUCCCCUGCCUACUUAAAGUCUAUAAAUGCGGUGAGUAGUAUUUGUGGACCAGGACUAACAUUAUAUGGUUGUCAGCUUUUCAGACAACUUUUAUUCUGUUUCCUCUAGAGCCUCCUGGCAGCUUCUUGUGCCCAGGGUGACAGAAACGGGAGGGGCUGGCAGUUCACGAUGACUCUUGUCUCUUCUCAGUAUGGGUGUGCUCUAGGAUCUGGCAGAGAUUUUAUUUCUCAGACUCCUUGUCCUUUCCCCUGCUGUCCUCCUCACUGCUCCCACUUUUAUUGUUUCUUCUAGGUUUUGAAAGAGUUGCAAAAUUUAUCAGAUGUAAGUGUUGACUCAAGGAAUGGAACUGACAGAUAGGUGGUCCAGUGACUUUGGCUCAACAUGCCUCAGAACCACGGUUGAUUUAAGAAAUCCGGUGAUUCAGCACAGAGGAAACCAGCUAGCCGCAGGCACUGAGGGAAUGGGGUGCAGCCAGGCCAGCUCUGCCUGCUUGUCCUUCCUGAACUCAAAAGGCCAUCAAGUGUUCUGCUAAAGCCCACCUGGCUAGUGCAGAGGCCUGACCAGUAGAAGGAGGUCAUUACUUACCUUUCAUCUGAUCAAAAACAAUGCAAUUUACUCGCAGGUCCUGGCCCUACACAACAGAUAUAAGAGUUUGGACCGCCCAGCACACAAGGUCAGCAUGCCGCUCCUCUGUCACGCUCUCGCUAUAGCUGUUGUCCAGAUCGUUAUCUUCUCAGAAAGCUGGGCAUUUGCCAAGAACAUCAACUUCUAUAAUGUGAGGCCUCCUCUCGACCCUACACCAUUUCCAAAUAGCUUCAAGUGCUUUACUUGUGAAAACGCAGGGGAUAAUUAUAACUGCAAUCGAUGGGCAGAAGACAAAUGGUGUCCACAAAACACGCAGUACUGUUUGACAGUCCAUCACUUCACCAGCCACGGAAGAAGCACAUCCAUCACCAAAAAGUGCGCCUCCAGAAGUGAAUGUCAUUUUGUCGGCUGCCACCACAGCCGAGAUUCUGAACAUACGGAGUGUAGGUCUUGCUGUGAAGGAAUGAUCUGCAAUGUAGAAUUACCCACCAAUCACACUAAUGCAGUGUUUGCCGUAAUGCACGCUCAGAGAACAUCUGGCGGCAGUGCCCCCACACUCUACCUACCAGUGCUUGCCUGGGUCUUUGUGCUUCCAUUGCUAUGAUGCCACCACUCCUAGGAGAGGCAGAGACCAGCCUCUAAAGCACAAGCCAAAAACUGUGUGAACGGUGAACUUUGGAGUGAAGAUCAAUCUUGCACUUGGUGAAGAGUGCACAUUGGACCUCAAGGCGAAAGCCAGUGGUUUGCUUGGAUAAAAUGUUCCCGCAUGAGGCCACAGGACUGAGGAUGGGAAUUUGGCAGGGCCUGAGAAGAUGGUCUGACUUCCAGGCUUCCUGGUCAAAGAGAGCUACGUUUCGUCAGUUCUGCAGAGAGGAUCCUGGCAACUAGUCCCACCUGACUAGGCCUUUAGCUGAAAGGAUUUCUUGACCUCCUUGACUGCCUCAGAGGCUGCCAGGUCAAACCCUCUUGUUUAUGUGAUUAGCUCAGAGCGUCUCUAUGAAAUCUAACCCUUCCCCUCAUGAGAAAGCAGUUUUCCCCACCAACAGCGUAGUCAAUGAGAAAGGCAACUGUACGAAGAAAACUUCCAGUUGAACUAAUGUGAAAUCUAUUUGCUAAUUGUGGGGGGAAAUAAAGCUUUUAAAUUAUACAGUGUAAA